AGGAGUUUGAGAUAAUCAGCCCCUCAGCCUGGAAUCGAUGUGUUCUUUCCAUCAAUCUUGUAGAAUGUCAACCAAUUGCAGUGAUAAUUAUUUUAAAUAUCUCACACACAGGGCACAGAAGGCACUUAGUCAGGAUGAGCGAGGUUCCUGCGCUGAAGUACGUGGUGCUGGGCCCAGCUGAUCUAGACGACGUGAUGACUUUGCUUAAUAAGUAUUUCGUCCCUCGAGAAAGCACAAUCAAUCAGAAAUUGUUCUACGGUGAGUCCUCCAAGGCUAAGUCAAAAUUUGUCUGUGUUUGGGACGAUAGUGACUCAGAUCAUGACCCAGAUGACCUGGAAGUGGUGGAUACUGAUGAUGAAUACUUGCCACCAGAUGCAGAGGUGUCAACAGUUGAGAAGGUAGCUGGGCCACCAACAAAAAAUCAGUAAUUGAACACGAAGAAGAAAUGUAUUACUGUGGAGGAGUACCCUGAUGAAGAAGAGCUUCAAGAUGAUCUUGCUUCUCAAGGAGACACCCAAUGGAAAGAUGAGGACAUACAGACUGACUCUUUGCCUGCAUAUCAACAUGUAAAGCCUAUUGGAGUUAGGUGUGCAUAUGAUUAUUUUACAGACUUUUUUACUCAAGACAUGAUAGACAACAUUGCAUUUCAAACUAAUUUGUAUGCCCUGCAAAAAAAAAAAAAAAAACAUACAUACUAAUUUUGAAACAAAUUCUGAGGAAAUAACUAGGUUCAUAGGUAUUCUGUUGUAUAUGGGUUACACUGUACAGCCAUCCAUUGAAGACUAUUUGGGGAACUGCAAGUAAGGUAAUUCAAGUUGCAGAAGUCAUGGAAUCAAAGAGGUUUAUGUUGCUGAGGCGUACCAUUCAUUUCAAUGAUAACACAAAAAAAAAGGGUAAUGACAGAUUCAUCAAAAUAAGGCCUCUUUACAAUGCACUAACUAAAGCUUGCUUGAAUGUUCCAGCUACACCCAAGCAGUCUGUUGAUGAAGUUAUGGUUGCUGUUAAGGGUAAAACAGCUGGAAACCUAAGGCAAUACAUCAAAAACAAACUAGACAAGUGGGGUUUCAAACUCUUCUGUCGUGCAAGUGAAGAUGGAAUCAUACAUGAUAUACUCAUGUAUAAAGGUAACCCAACUUUUGAGAACCAUCACAUAAAGCUGCCAAAUGAAGAAAGUAAACUCCCAAUGAGUUCCAAGAUUGUUCUUGUACUUGCAGCAUCUCUCGACCAAAGAAAAACAUCAGCAGUCUAUGCUGAUAAUUUCUUUUCAAGUCUACCUUUGGUCAAGGUACUGAAAGACAAGUAUAAUUGCAGGUAUGCUGGAACAGUACGUGAUAACAGAUGUAGUAAGCCACAACUGAUACCUGUGAAACAAAUGGAAAGGAGCAAUGUGGCCAGGGGCAAUUUUGAAUUCCAAAGCAAUGAUGAUAUCCUUCUUGUAAGAUGGAAGGACAACAAAGUUGUGACUCUAGUCACAAAUGAUUUGGGAGUUUAUCCUUUGAGUCUUGUUGAAAGAUAUGACAAGGUAUCAAAGAAGAAAGGUCACUUUGAGUGCCCAGGCAUCAUCAAGAACUACAAUGCUCACAUGGGAGGUAUUGACAAAAGUAACAUGUUGGUCCAUCUUCACAAAACACCAAUGAAAUGAAAGUGCUGGUACAUGUGGCUGUUUGCUUAUGUUCUGGAUCUUGCAGUUGUGAAUGCAUGGCUUCUUUACUGUCGUGAUUGUCGGUCACUAAACCUGCCAUGCAAGCCACUGAAGCUGUUCAGGCUUGACAUCUCUUCAAGAUCCAAAGGACAAAAGUCCAACCGCACCAGCAAAGAGAUUCACCCAGUACUACUUUGGUUGACAGUAGUAAUGAAUUGUCAAACGUGGAAUACCCAUCUGCAUUUCAGUUCCAAUGUGCAGCAUAGCCAGAUGACAGUGUGAGGUUCGAUGAACAGCUAGGUCACUGGCCAGUGCUAGGUUAGCUGCUUUCAUGCAAGUUUUGCAGCAAAAAGAAUAUUCACGUCACAUCCUCAUUUUGCUCUGCCAUAUGUAAAGUAAAUCUAUGCAUAAAGAAGGAUAGAAAUUGUUUCAUAAUGUUUCAUUUGAGAAAUUAGUGAUGUAAAAUAAUUGUUCUUUCUCAGGGAACUCAGGAAUAUUUCAUUUGUAAGUUGCAUCCCAUUACAAUGUGUCAUUGUUUAAAAGUAGUUCCUAUUUCUAUUUUUUUAAUGAUUACAAAUUGUUCAGAAACAAGUUCCAUUUAUGUUUUUUAUAUUGUCUACUUGUAUAAUAAAUUAAUUUUUAUUUUUUAACAAUUGCAACCUUGCAACAUUUUAAAUUGUUAUACCCCUAACUGGCAGGACCGAGUUUACUCGGUCUUCGAAUAUCUGCAGUUGCUUAACAUGUAACUUUUACAACUCCCUUCAGAUGGCCUCAGUGACCUUACAUCAAGCGGCUCUAUCCCAUCAUAGAAAAUCACUUUCAAAUUCACUUUUAAUCUGCCUUGCCCCCUGAAGGGUUAACAUCAAGAUUAUUAAUAGGUGAAUCUUUGUUGGCAAGAACCAAGUCUAGUUGGUUCUGUCACAACCUGUUCUGACAAGCAAUCCUGAACCAUAUCAAGAAAGUCACUAGACUAAAGAUUUCCUGUCAUAUUGUUCCAAUCAAUUUGUCUAAAGUUAAAAUCUCGCAUUACCACAACAUUUUCAAAUCUAGAUGCCUUAUGAAUUUCGUCCCAUAACAGCUUACUGCACUCCUUGUCAAGGUUUGGGGGCCUAUAAAUCAAACCCAAAAUUAAUUUGUCACGUCCCUCGAGAAACUGUAGCCAAACAGAUUCUGUGUUUGAUGUUUCUAAUCUUAUAUCAUGACUAAGACAACAAUUUAAAUUUCCUCUGAUGUACAUAGCCACUCCACCACCCUUCCUGUUGACCCUAUCAGUGUGGAAUAGUUUAUAACCCUGUAUGUUGCAAUCAGAAAGCCUUUCUCUAUCUUUCAGGUUAAACCAGGUCUCUGUUAUGCAAAUAAUAUCUAUAUUACCUACACUUGCAAGUAAUCUUAGCUCAUCUAUCUUAUUUCUUAGACUCCUAGUAUUUGUAUAGUAAACCUUAAGGGAGCUAUUCACUCGUUGUCCUCUGCUAUCUCUAUUUGUUUGUUGAUCAAUUGAUUUGCCAUUACUAGCAACUAUAUUUUGAAUAUUGUCUUUUAAACAUAUCCCUGAAGUAUCCCGGUAAUAACUGCUGUUUUUA